AUGGCCUCCGUCUCCGAGCUCGCCUGCAUCUACUCCUCCCUCAUCCUGCACAAUGAUGAGGUGACGGUCACGGAGGACAAGAUCAACGCCCUCAUUAAAGCAGCUGGCGUCAGUGUUGAACCUUUCUGGCCUGGCUUGUCUGCAAAGGCCCUGGCCAAUGUCAACAUUGGGAGCCUCAUCUGCAACGUAGGGGCUGGUGGGCCUGCUCUAUCAGCUGGAGUCGUGCCAGCAGGAGGUCCUGCCCCCUCUACUGCUGCUGCUCCAGCUGAGGAGAGGAAAGUGGAAGCAAAGAAGGAAGAAUCUGAGGAGUCUGAUGAUGACAUGGGCUUUGGUCUUUUUGACUAA